UGAUGAGGAAUGAGCUCAUAAACAGGACCAGAUCAGUAUUUCUGGCUGCCUCCGCUCCACCAGUCCAGUCUAGUUACUGCACUCACAUCCACACAAGUGUGCUGAGGUUCCUGUGUGGAAUUUUUGCCUGAGACUCCUGACGAACUGCAUAGCUAAGGAUGAUGUCCCUGUCGUGUUUCUAUAACCCUCACCAUGGUUCCUUGAUGCAUGCCACCGGCCAUGCAGAAGUGUGGACAGACUGGAACAGCACUUCCAAGUUCAGUCAGUAUGGCUGGAGAUGCACCACCAAUGAGGACGCUUACUCCAACAAAACCCUUCUGGGGAACUGGAACCAGGAGCGGUAUGAUAUCCGGAAAAUCUCACAGCCCAAACCGCUUCCUUCCCAGUAUGAUCACUACUUUGAAUCCAUAUAUUCGUCAGAUUACAACAAGGACAGGCAUCACGGCUCAAGAAGAUUUAAACGAGAACCUCAUUGGUUUCCUGGACACCAGCCUGAGCUGGAACCCCCUCCAUUCAAACCGACUGCACGGUCCCGCUACAUGAUAGAUUACGAACCUCCUCAAGGCAGAACAGGAGGCAGAAUUUGUGAAAUGCUUGGGAAAGAACUGCAGGGGGCGCAGCAGAAGCAAUAGGAGAGAGGCUGUUAACUUGAGAUCUGCCACGUGACUAGAACGACUCCAACAACCUAUGUGCUUCUAAGGAGCCAUCCUUCAAGUCACAAAACAUUUCUGAUAUUAAAACAUAGCAUUGAAAUGACAAGUAAAUGCUUUCCGAGGCUUGU